AUGCUAGGCGUUCUUCUCGCAACGUGGGUUGUGUUGCGAGUCAAGCGCGGGCCGGGCGUCACCCUCCGGACCCUGUUCAACCGCCAACCGAUUCCUGCCCGCAGACCCGAAAGCGACCCAUCUGACCCAGAGGCCGCAAAGUCCCUAGACGACCUGUCCCGUCAAGACAGCCUACCACAACACCCGUCUCCACGUCGCAUAUCCAAUGUCUCUCCGCGCCGACUCUCCCAGCGCAUGUCUCAGCACGAAUACAUGAGCCUCCACGAGAAGACAACCAACUCGCCAACGACCACCAUCCGCACCACACCGGCAGCAGACCACCCCCAAUCCUCCACUAACCCGGGGAGCCCGAUGAUCCCGCUGCGCCCGAUAGCACGGUUGGGGCCGGUCCGCACCAUGUCCGAGGCGGACAUCCGGCGCGUCCCCCCGCCGUCACCCCUUCGGCAUGCCGCCGCCGCUGUCGCCGGGCUACGCACGAGCACUCGAUCCGCGGGCACGGGCACGGGGAUGGGCACAGCGCCCCAGGCGAUCCAUCCGCCGGCGUGGAAUCUGCCCUGGAAGGACGAGGAGUUCUAUGUCCCUGAUAGUCCGGAGGACCAUAUCAUCGUUCUGCCCUCGCCACGUGAUUUGAAGACGUUCCGGUUGACAUUGCAUGCGUGA